AUGUCCCCUGAAAGAGACUACAAUAUUAUCGUGAUAGGCGCUGGAGUUGUUGGCCCUUGCAUAGCAACGGCUCUCGCCAGGCAAGGCCGGAAAGUGCUUAUCGUGGAGAGAGACUGGUCGGAGCCAAACAGGAUUGUCGGCGAAUUGAUGCAGCCUUCUGGGUUGAAAGCCUUGCGAGAGCUUGGAAUGAUCGAAGCUAUCAAUGACAUUGACGCGUUUUAUACUGCAGGAUACCUGGUUAAGAACUAUAAUGAGGAUGUACUAAUUCCAUAUUCAUACAAACAGGACUUGAAGUUGGUAGAAGAGCCAGUUCCAGGCUGUGUCAAAGAUGGUAACGAUAAAUUGAAGGACGAUAAGGAUACUGAAGCUGGUAUUUCUGUCAAAGAUUGGGAAUCAGAUGAAAGAAUUAGAGGGGUGGCUUUCCAUCAUGGUAGAUUUGUCAUGAAUCUGAGAAAAAUUGCAACUCAAGAACCAAAUAUAACCAAGUUGCAAGGAAAUGUGACAUCAUUACUGAAAAACGAUUUGGAUGCUUGUAUUGGUGUUGAAGUUGAGGACGACUCUAAGAAUCGUAAGAACUAUACGGCUGAAUUGGUAAUUUGCACAGACGGAAUCUACUCUAAGUUUAGAAAAGAGUUAUUUUUGUCCAAGAAGCCGCAAGUUGGAUCAUAUUUUGUUGGUUUGGAACUACAGAACGCAAUAGUUCCUAAGCUUCAUUAUGGCCAUGUCAUCAUGGGAGACCAUGCGCCUAUUCUAAUGUACCAGAUUUCUCAGACGAAGACUCGAGUUUUAUGCGCUUACCGUUCUGAGAAACUACCUCCUAAGAAUGAUGUUCUUAAAUAUCUAAAUGAAGUUGUUUUGCCUAGCUUUCCUGCUGAGACGCAACCUUCAUUGAUAGAAGCUUUAUCGAAGGAUGACUGUUACCGUGCCAUGCCAAAUCAAUAUUUAACUGCAAAGACAAACACAAUUCCGGGCCUGGCCUUCAUUGGCGACGCUCUCAAUAUGAGACAUCCAUUGACAGGUGGAGGCAUGACCGUAGGUAUAAAUGAUGCUGCCUUAUUGGCAAGGGUCUUAUAUGACGUUAGGGAUCUGUUAGAUGACGCUACUGUUUCUGAAAAAUUGGCCGAAUUCCAUUACGAACGUAAGAAGCUCAGUUCGGUGAUUAACGUUCUAUCGAUCGCCCUUUUUUCUCUUUUCGAUGGCGACUCUAAAGCUUUACUGAUCCUUAGACGGGGUUGUUUUGCUUAUUUCAAACGUGGCGGAAAAUGUGUCACUGACCCUGUUGAUCUACUGAGUGGUCUUUUACCCAGUCCUAUGAUUCUAUUUCACCACUUUUUCAGCGUCGCUUUUUACGGCCUUUGGCUGAACUAUAUUGACAGAGGCCUUAUUGGUUUUCCAUUAGCCAUUUGGGAGAAUUUGUGUGCUCUUUACACGGCCAUCAUUGUUUUUACUCCCUAUUUAUGGGACGAACUGGUUGUUUAG